AUGGCAUAUGUAUACAGCAAAGAACUGAAAAAUAAAGAUGAAACAGAUAUUGAUGAUAAUCUAAGAGCCUGUAACAAUGUGGCAGAAAUGAAGUCAAUGUUCCGGAAAGUGCUUCCAAACCAAGGGCAGCUCUCUGUGGAAGAUAUAACCACAAUGGUGCUAUGUAAGCCCAAACUUUUACCCUUAACAUCUCUGACUCUGGAAAAACUGGAGAAAAUGCAGCAAGCAGCCCAGGAUACAGUUCACCAGCAAGAAUUGGCAGAAAAGGAAAAGCAGCAAAUAACACACCGAAUGAUGACCUAG